AUGUAUGCUACAGGCAGUGCGACUGCCAGAGGACUCCAGUGCAAUACCUACCUGAUUGAGACCCGGAGGCCCAGCAACCCGAAUAUUUCCAGCGACAGCACCGCGGGACGGGGCAUGCGCAGCAGAGUGGGCGCGGGCAAGGCGUUUGAGCUCCUGAAGGAGGGCGCCAACGAGAUGACGGCCGACGUGCUCGCCAAGUACAGCGAGUGGUCGACGAUAUUGAAACGCUGCACCUUUCUGAGCCUCAUGUACAGUAAAAAGUUCAAGGGCUUGCGCGCGAUGGCAGUUUCCGCGGGAGUCGUGACUUCUGCGUCAGGCGAGAAGGUAGCGGUGCACGAGGAGCCAGGCCAGGCAGCGGUUUGUCCCGCACCUGGGCCCCACUACGUGGACAGCGAGGAGUUCGAGUUCAUCCUGAAGAAGGUUGUCUUCGCGGUGAUCGCUGCGGUGCUCUUCUUAGGCAGCGUACGCGCUUGCUGCGCGAGGAGCUGCCUCGAGAGGGAGCUCGUCCAGGAGGCGUCUGACCCCGCACCUGGAGACGCCGACGUUUACCUGGCUACGCGGACUGACGCGGAGGUCAAGACCACAAGUGUACAAGGAUUUUGGGCAGAGCCUCGUCCAGCACGAUGCGACGGAGGAUCGGGGCACGAGCUUUUCAACGCGUUUCUCGUAGUCGACUUGAAGCAGAUCUUGAGAGCCAGAGGCUUGCGUGUGAGUGGUCUCAAAGACGACCUGAUCAUGAGGCUGAUCAAGAAGGGCAACGUCCUGUCGGAUCGCCAGGCCAAGGGAAUCGAGCAGCUGCGAAUGACGGCUACGACGCGCGGACCCUUGAUCAUGAUCAACCUUCAGGGCUUGAGUAACACGAAGCAACGGGAUAGGUGGACGUUGCCCACGACGAGGUAG